CGCCUUCCUAAACCCACACAACUAAGUGGCACAAAUCUAAAAUCUUCACAUCAUCAGACUUCCUUCGCGGUUUUUUUCUAUCCCAACGUCACCCGGCCGCUUCAAUCUCCUCAAGCCAUUUUUAUCAAGGAGAUUGCCCAAGAUGCCGCCCCCUCCGCAUCAGAAGCCUGAGAACGUUCUCAAGCGCGCUCAGGAGCUCAUCGGUGUCAAUCAGGCUCCUGCCGCCCUCAAUCUUCUUCAUGACCACAUUACCUCCAAACGUUCGCGAAAUGUCCCCAUCGUAUCCUUGGAGCCUGUGAUGCUCCUCUUAGUCGAAUUAUCUGUCGAACAGAAAAAAGGCAAGCUAGCCAAGGAUGCGCUCUACUCAUACAAAAACAUCGCCCAGAACACCAACAUCAGCACUAUCGAACUCGUACUGAAGAAGUUUAUCGAGUUGGCCGCGGAAAAGGUUACAGAGGCACAGAAGAGGGCGGACGAAUUGCAGUCAAGCAUAGAGGCGACUGCGACGGAGAAUAUCGAUGACUUGGAGGCUAGUGAGACGCCUGAGUCCAUCCUGCUGGCCACAGUUUCCGGCGAACAAUCCAGAGAUCGUACCGAGCGUGCGGUCGUCACACCAUGGCUCAAGUUCCUUUGGGAAGCCUACCGGACUGUCCUCGAUAUCCUGCGAAAUAAUGCGAGAUUGGAAACACUCUAUCAGAGCACGGCCAUGCAAGCAUUCGACUUUUGCCUCAAGUAUCAGCGAAAGACAGAGUUCCGACGACUCUGUGAACUCCUACGUAAUCAUGUUCAGACCGCUGCCAAAUACUCGAGCCAGAUGCAUGCCAUCAACCUUAACGACCCGGACACCCUACAACGACAUCUAGAGACCCGCUUUCAGCAAUUGAAUGUCGCCGUUGAGCUUGAACUCUGGCAAGAAGCAUUCCGAAGCGUUGAGGAUAUCCAUACCCUCCUCAACCUUAGCAAGCGUCCCCCCAAGAACAUUAUGAUGGCCAACUACUACGAGAAACUUACUCGUAUCUUCCUUGUUGGCGAGAACUACUUGUUCCACGCCGCUGCAUGGUCUCGAUACUAUACUCUCCUCCGACAGUCAGCGGCUGUCGUGGCCACCGGCCAGAGCAAGAAGUCUGAUAACCCAUCCGCCACGGACGCCGAUCUUCAAAAGGCCGCCUCCUUUGUUCUUCUAUCAGCUCUCUCGAUUCCUGUCAUUAGCACUUCGCGAUCGCGGGGUGCCAUGGUCGACUUCGACGAAGCCAAGAAGAACAAAAAUUCGCGUCUUACUCACCUCCUAGGCAUGUCUACCGCGCCUACUCGUGCUGGCCUAUUCCGCGAUGCGCUCUCCAAGUCACUCCUAAAGCGUGCACGCUCGGAGAUUAGAGAUCUUUACAACAUUCUCGAGGUUGAUUUUCACCCCCUCUCUAUCUGCCAGAAAAUAUCUCCUAUUUUGACCAAGAUUGGUACCGAUUCCGAAAUGGAGAAGUACAUUUUACCUCUCCAACAAGUCAUUCUAACUCGACUCUUCCAACAACUAUCUCAAGUAUAUGAGUCUGUUGACUUAGCAUUCGUGGAGAGUCUUGCGAAGUUCCCAGAUCCCUUCCAAAUCUCUCGUGGAACUAUUGAGAAGUUCAUUAUGAACGGUAACAAGAAGGGAGAUCUUUCUAUCCGUAUGGAUCAUGCUACUGGAGUCCUCAACUUUGACAAGGAUGUAUUCGCAUCCUCGAAGGCUGUCCAUGCCGGAUCGGCGGCUGGUUCUGCCGAAAGCCCGGGUGGAUCUGUGCAACGCCUCCAAAGCACGCCGUCAGAGAUCGUUCGUUCCCAACUUAGCCGGCUUACAACUACUCUGUACACUACUUGUUUCUACGUCGAUCCAUCUCUCCGACAACGUCAGCUAGAGGCCCAGCAAGCUGCGCUAACCAGAGCCAAGGCUGGUGCUGAGCAGGAACAACGUGAGACUCUAGCUCGUAAGGAGAUCAUCCAGAAGCGGAAGGAAGAGGCUUCUGAGCUCCAGGCGAAGAGAGAGAAGGAGAAGGCGAGACAGAAGCGCCUGCAAGAGCAAGCAUUGGCUGAGGCUGAGGAACGACGACUCGCUCAGGAGCAAAAGGAGCGUGAGGAGAAGCGCCUCAAAGAUGAGAGAGACCGUGUUCGCAGAGAGGAGCUCAAGAAGCAGAUCGCUGAUCUCAAGAUUGGACCGAAUGCCCUUGACAUUGAUCUCGAGAACAUUGACGACCUUGAUAGCAACCGACUUCGUGCCAUGAAACUUGCUCAGCUCGAGCGAGAGAAGAACGAUAUCAAUGAAAAGCUUCGCAUUACCGGAAAGCGCAUUGAUCACCUUGAGCGUGCUUUCAGGAAAGAGGAAGUCAAGAAGCUUGCUGACGAUUACGCCAAACAACGCGAGCGUGACUUAGCCGCGUAUGAGAAAAUGAAAGAACAGACUCUCAGGGAAUCAAAGGAGAAACACAAGGAGAGCGUCGAAUUGAAACAUCGUCUGAGCCGUCUCAUGCCACAGUAUGAGUUGUUCAGGAAGUCUCUACACGACCGUCGUCGUGACGAGUUCGAGAAGCGUCAACGUGACGCGGAGAGAGAGCUAGAGAAGCAAAUCACAGCUCGCAAGAAGGAAUACCGUGAACGCAAGUUGCGGGAGAAACGGGAGCGGGAAGAAAAGGAGAGGGCUCUGCGAGAGGCAGAGGAACGUGCCGAACGAGAGAAGAAAGAGCAAGAACAGCGCGCCGAAGAGAAGCGUCUAGAGUUAGCCCGACUAAAGGAGAAGCGAGAAAAAGAGCGCCAAGAAACUCUCGAGAAGGUUGCCCUCCAGCAGAGACGAGAAGAAGAGGCAAUGGCCAGAAGACAGACCGAGAAAGAAAAGGAACGCGUGCCAGCUAGACGGGAAGCAAUUCCUAUGGAUCGUACGGCUUCAGGCUCCAACGAUCGACCUGCUGGACCACCUCGUCUCAACCUUGCCGGUGCCAAGCCCUCCUGGCGUGAUCGCGAGGCAUCAAAGACUGCCGCUGCCCCCGCCGCUGCUGCCAGCAGCAAUGGUCCACCCAGCCGUUCAAGUACUCCCAUGGAGCGCACUGAUUCCAACGAGCGGGCCUCGGGACCGCCACGUCUCAACCUUCCGGGAGCCAAGUCCUCCUGGCGUGACCGUGAGGCUGCUAAGGCAGCUCAAGGUUCUUCUAGUGGCGCGGGUGGUCCCAGGGAUACCAGGGACUCCAGGGACUCCAGGGAGCCCAGGGAGCCCCGACGGGAUUCCCGAGACAGAGAUAGUGCACCGGCACCGGCACCGGCACAGGCCUCCGCUGAGACCCUGAAGCCCUCAGGUGCUCCUGGCAAGUGGGUACCUCGACGUCUCCGAGAGAGUCAAGGCUAGAGGCAUUGAAGGACCGGCGUUUCGGGGGGUUUGGGUUUAGUACGUGACUCGCGUGUAACUUAGUGAAACACGGGAAGAAAUAAAAUGCUGUUAAUUUGCCACUACAGCCAGAGUCACAAAGCUGAGUCGUUAGUUGCUAAA